AGUGCAGAUACAUAGGGCUGUCUGUCUUCGGCUUGCUCAUUCAGUUUCCCCUUUCUGUCUGUGUUCAAAAUCCAAGCAAGAAAAUCGGUAGUUGCUGUGUUUUGGAAGAAGCUUAUCUUCACUGUAGAUAAAAUAGAGAUGAGCGGAGGAGGAGAAAAAGGGUCGACAACCACAAAAACCCCUGCAGACUUCCUUAAAUCAAUUCGUGGCCGACCAGUUGUUGUCAAACUGAAUUCUGGUGUUGAUUAUCGAGGUAUUUUAGCUUGUCUAGAUGGAUACAUGAACAUAGCAAUGGAGCAAACUGAAGAAUAUGUUAAUGGACAACUGAAGAACAAAUAUGGUGAUGCUUUUAUUCGCGGAAACAAUGUUCUGUACAUUAGUACGUCAAAGAGGACAUUAGCAGAUGGGGCUUAGCAUCGCAGUGUCGUAAAAGAGCAGAAGAUUUUGACUUAAUGCUUUUUUAUGAUUAAAUCUUUCAUGUAAUAUCACUAGGUUAGUAAGAUAGCAUCUUGACAACGUUUUAAGUCACAUUUGCAGUUAUUCCCCCAUAUCGACUAUGGAUAUUUGAGAACUAACGUUUGUAAUAAUUGUAUUUUGCUCCACAGUUUGAUGGAUGUUAUGGGUUGAUUAGCCUCUCAACUUUAUAUGCUCUGCAA